AUGAGUCCAUGCUCCCUGGCCAUGAAUCACGUGAUGAAUACAUGCCCCCUUGGCCUUGAAUCACGUAAUGAAUCCCUGCCCCCUGGCCUUGAAUCACGUGAUGAAUCCCUGCCCCCUGGCCUUGAAUCACGUAAUGAAUCCCUGCUCCCUGGCCUUGAAUCACGUGAUGAAUCUCUGCCCCCUGGCCUUGAAUCACGUAAUGAAUCCCUGCCCCCUGGCCUUGAAUCACGUAAUGAAUCCCUGCCCCCUGGCCUUGAAUCACGUAAUGAAUCCCUGCCCCCUGGCCUUGAAUCACGUAAUGAAUCCCUGCCCCCUGGCCUUGAAUCACGUAAUGAAUCCCUGCCCCCUGGCCUUGAAUCACGUAAUGAAUCCCUGCCCCCUGGUCUUGAAUCACGUAAUGAAUCCCUGCCCCCUGGCCUUGAAUCACGUAAUGAAUCCCUGCCCCCUGGCCUUGAAUCACGUAAUGAAUCCCUGCCCCCUGGCCUUGAAUCACGUAAUGAAUCCCUGCCCCCUGGCCUUGAAUCACGUAAUGAAUCCCUGCCCCCUGGCCUUGAAUCACGUAAUGAAUCCCUGCCCCCUGGCCUUGAAUCACGUAAUGAAUCCCUGCCCCCUGGCCUUGAAUCACGUAAUGAAUCCCUGCCCCCUGGCCUUGAAUCACGUAAUGAAUCCCUGCCCCCUGGCCUUGAAUCACGUAAUGAAUCCCUGCCCCCUGGCCUUGAAUCACGUAAUGAAUCCCUGCCCCCUGGCCUUGAAUCACGUAAUGAAUCCCUGCCCCCUGGCCUUGAAUCACGUAAUGAAUCCCUGCCCCCUGGCCUUGAAUCACGUAAUGAAUCCCUGCCCCCUGGCCUUGAAUCACGUAAUGAAUCCCUGCCCCCUGGCCUUGAAUCACGUAAUGAAUCCCUGCCCCCUGGCCUUGAAUCACGUAAUGAAUCCCUGCCCCCUGGCCUUGAAUCACGUAAUGAAUCCCUGCCCCCUGGCCUUGAAUCACGUAAUGAAUCCCUGCCCCCUGGCCUUGAAUCACGUUAUGAAUCCCUGCCCCCUGGCCUUGAAUCACGUAAUGAAUCCCUGCCCCCUGGCCUUGAAUCACGUAAUGAAUUCCUGCCCCCUGGCCUUGAAUCACGUAAUGAAUCCCUGCCCCCUGGCCUUGAAUCACGUAAUGAAUCCCUGCCCCCUGGCCUUGAAUCACGUAAUGAAUCCCUGCCCCCUGGCCUUGAAUCACGUCAUCUAAACACAUCCUGUGAGGUGUUCCUCACUCAGGUCUGA